AUGGUUUGGCGCCCCAGCGAGAACGCCGAAGAACAGACCGAGGUUGUUUGGACGAGCAUCCUCGACAACUUCAAAGACUUCGACGGAGAUCUUCUCUUCCUCUUCGACUGCUGUUAUGCAGGCAACAUGGUCAACUACGGCCGCAUCUUCAACCGGCGGUGCGAAGUGUUUUGCGCCUCCAACAAGAGGAAGAAGGCGAGCGGUGAACCGGAACAUUCGUUCACCCGAGCACUCCUGGGGGAGCUAGCUAUCGAAGCCGAGAUGGGUCGCGGAUGCGAGAUCAAGCGAUUGCACAGCGUGCUCAGCCUGGAGGCGAAGCGGGACAUCUACCAGUUGAAGGUUGAGCCGUACUGGGACCGGUUCACGCGGUUGGAUGGCACGCCAAUCUGCCUCGCGCCGCUGGAAAACGGUGGCGGAGACAACCGUCCGAGGGAUUCGCCGGGGAUUGUGCAGGAGCUGGAGGCCUUGUCUGAUGCUCGCGUAUUAUUCAAGGCGACGUUCGAGGAUCCGGACGCGCGACCCAUCCUGGAUGAGUGGAAGGACUUCGUCCACUGGCGCCCCCGGAACCUGAAAGAUAUCGAGUGGUACGCCCUGCGCGAAACGCACUUCCAGAGCCUGUUCAAGACCAACUCCAGCUCUGCAAUCAUUUCCACCCCCAUGAUACUGUGGGACUCGAUGCCUAGGCGGGUCGCGUACGAGUUCAUCUACAUAGUUCGCUCGACCGACAUGUUGGGCAACCUACCUCGACCGAUCCAGGCGACUGGCUCGGUUGAUGAACAAAACAUCGGUCAUUCCUCAUGCGGAGGUGUCACAAUCCAUGGUCUCCUUUAG